AUGGGCAAUGGAGGUGUAGGCAGAGGGGGUGAGGGCAGUGGAGGCGUGGGCAGAGGGGGAGUGGACAGUGGGGACGUGGGCAAUGGGGGCGUAGGCCGAGGGGGCGUGGGCAGUGGGGGCGUAGGCAGAGGGGGCGAGGGCAGUGGAGGUGUGGGCAGUGGGGGAGUGGACAGUGGGGGAGUGGCCAGAGGGGGCGUGGGCAGUGGGGGAGUGGGCAGAGGGGGCGUGGGCAGAGGGGGCGUGGGCAGUGGGGGAGUGGGCAGUGGGGACGUGGGCAGUGGGGGCAAGGGCAGUGGAGGUGUAGCCAGAGGGGGCGUGGGCAGAGGGGGCAUGGGCAGAGGGGGCAUGGGCAGUGGGGGCGUGGGCAGAGGGGGAGUGGGCAGUGGGGGUGUGGGCAGUGGGAGAGUGGCCAGAGGGGGCGUGGGCAGUGGGGGCGUGGGCAGAGGGGGCGUGGGCAGUGGGGGCGUGGGCAGUGGGGGAGUGGGCAGUGGGGACUUGGGCAGUGGGGGCGUGGGCAGAGGGGCGUGGGCGGUGGAGGCAUGGGCAGAGGGGCAGUGGGCAGUGGGGACGUGGGCAGCGGGGGCGUGGGCAGUAGAGGUGUAG